AUGUCUGUAGUAGAUAUGUCUGCGGAAAAAUUGACAAAACUAGAAGAGUGCACUUUCACACUAGAUCUUAAGUCAGUUCAAAGCAACCACAUUAGUCAAGGCGGGUCCUUACUACUAACUCACCAGUUUAAUUCCCACCCCUACACCUGGGACAGGUGGCAGAAUUUUCAUGUUCACUGUAUAUGGCAGACGACAUUGGACCAACGGAGAAACCUAUAUGCUGCCCUAAGGAUGAAGGAUACUAAGGAACAGGAAUUAGCACUGUCUAACAAACAGCUACUAGUGGUCCGUCAAGCUGCCUUACACGAGCUGUUUGAAAAGGAAUAUCAGCAGUACCAGCAGGAACUCAAUCAAAUGGGCAAGGCUUUUUAUGAGGAAAGACUCUGACAGCUGCAAGACACUGUUCUUCCUUCCCGUCAUGCCUGCUAACCGAGCCUUCAUUCUUUACCCUGAGCUUCCCAAAACACACCUGGACCUGGAACUUAAAUCUUUUUCACGAUUUUAUUAACUUAAAUGUUGCCUCUGGACACAAGAGUGACACCUUGUGGUCGGUGUGGGAUAUGCACUUUUUUGGGAAGAGAGAUUAUGUACAGUGUCUGGUUUUAGACAUCUGAUUUGGUUUAACAAAUAAA